AUGGAUGAAAUGAAAGAAUACACUACAGGAAUAUCGAUAAAUGGGAAACAGUUUCACUCCAUCCGCUUUGCAGAUGAUAUAGCUCUCCUAGCUGACAGCGAGGAAGAAAUGAGUUUGAUGCUGCAUAUACUUGAAUCAUCUCUAGAUAAGUUGAAACUAAANAGUUAUAACAAAUAUUAACAUAACGCUUAACAAUGAAUAAUUACAAGAAGUAAAAUAAUUCUGCUACUUAGGUAGCUUGAUGACUGACGACAACAAAUCUACGAAGGAAAUAAGAAGACGAAUUACAUUAGCAAAACACGCUUUUGAGAAAAAAAGGACACUUCUUACUAAUAAACAUCUAAGUUUAAGAUCAAGAAAGAAAUUAGAAAAACAUACAUUUGGAGUGUAUUACUAUUACAAAAUUCACGAUCUAGACGAAUUUUACUAUCUGGAUAUCCAAUUAGUGAAAUGA